CCCUCAUUAGAAUGCUGAGGACCAAGCUGGCAAAGCCUCCGCAUGCAUCAAAGAAGAAAAAUUGCAGACCAUUUCCUCAGAUUUCCAGCACAAUCCAUAAUCAGAAGCAUGGCGGAGUCGUCGAAAUCCGGUCAAGACUCGAGAUAUCACCAUUUCAUUCCUCAAUUCAUCCUUAGAAAUUUUGCACACGAAUAUCGACCGCAAAACAAGAAGGGUAACAAGAAAUGGAAAUCCAAGCAAGGUUUCUAUCCUGGAGAUAAGUUGAUCAAUGGAGUCGACAUAUCCAGCGACCAAGUGAAGCUCACCGAGAGUAAGGUCAACAAGACUUUCGGAAUUCAGGAUCUGUACCUCGAUGUCCGUCACCAAACGAACAAACAGAAUGUUGAAGAGAUGUUCAGCAAACUUGAAGGUCAGGCAGCAGGCAUCAUCACCAAGAUUCGAAAGACCUUUGAAGCUGGAGAUGAACAAGUUGCGCUGAGAAGAACGGAAAGAGAUAUCAUUCGCAAAUUUCUGUUCAUCAUGAAGUAUCGAGGAUCUAUUUUUCGCAGACGAUUUUGCGGAGAAAGUGCGGAUGAUUAUGUGGGCGAAGAUAAAGAGGAAUUUGUGGAGUAUAUGCGGAAGAAGGGUUUCGAGCAGCCGAUUGAGGUCUGGCUGGACAACAUACGGGCUUUCUUGGAGAUCAAUAUUGACGUCAACUCUGAUUGGAUUGGUAAUCUGAUGGAGAAAUCCUAUCCUAGAGAUGCUAUGUGGUUUGUUCUCCUCGUCGACUGGUACUACUUGUCCCUCUGCACGCCCUCGAAUUCAGACGAUGAAUUUAUCAUGACCGAAAAUGGUUACGGUAUCUUUGAGGGGCCUACAAGCACAACCACCGAUAUCGAGACAGGCGAUGUAGAGAUAAGUGCUUACACGGAGUAUCACAUAUUUGCCCAUAUCUCACCCAAGCUCACCAUGAUAUUGAGAGCAGCUAUUCUUCCACUUGCAGUCGAGGAUGUAGUAGAAGAUGCCAAGGUCAUGCGUGAGAUGCUACUUGAAAUGUCCCAGAUGCCACAUCACAAUCCUGAAACAGCAACAUCGUUCCUCGCCGAUCUCCCACUUACGAAACCACACAAUUCUUAUACUACCUUUGUCGAUGGGGUGCCGACAUCCAUCACAGGUCAAGAACCCGUGUUCAGCCCAAAUGAUAUCUUCUACUUUCGUUUCUUCCCACUAUCGUCUGAUCACAUUGGCAAGAUAAAUACUGUCUUCUUUGAAGAGGCUUAUAGUACCUCAAUUAUUGCCUUCAAGAGCAAGACAGGCUUGCUACGAGCACUUGAAUUCUAUCUCGCAUUCGAAGAUGAAGAUAGAUUGCGAAACUUCAAGCAGGUUGGCCCUGCCGACGACGACUUCAGACGCUUAUACUUGCGAAAAUUAGAGAACGUUGUCAAAUUACUUGGAGGCAAUGCAACUGCUAAACUCAAGUUGAGGAAGGAGGAGAUUACCAGCCAUCAUGUAACCGAGAGUUAUUUGAUUCCGGAUCAAGUUCAAGAGAUGAUUCAAGAAGACGAGACAAUGACCGGGAUAUAUACCAAACUAUGCUGCAAACCAAAACUUGACCCCGAAGACUUCGAACAGGCUCAAAUGAUGCUCAGACUCCGCAUAAAGAUCGACACUUGGACGAGUGGACUUGACGAGGGCUUCAGAGAAAAAGUCAGACAAGAUCUCGGAAAGCUUUACUGCCGGCUCCCGCCUCAGAGACUAUGGAUCUACCUCAAGCGCCUGAGAUUUAUGUUCAAGGGUUGUACUAUCCUCGACCCCUAUGGAGAAAUUCUUGACUCGGAAUUCUCACUUGAGGACUUUCAUGGCCCAGAGGACGCUGUUGCAAAUAUGUGGGAAAAGUUCCUCCCUGGCCGAUUUCCUCAUGUCAUGUACCAUGCCACAACAAUCCAUCUCCGUCUCACGGAUCCAAAUUUUGGGUUGAAAUCCGAAAUGACACCUGAUGAUGAUGGCUUCAAGCGCUUACGACAAGAUCAUGUACUUGCUUUUGGGCCUCAAGGUAGUAUUUGCGACUGUGGUAUUCCCGAUCUUCAGGACCUUGCGCGAGACCUCAAGCUCGAGUUCAUCAUCUGUCCUCCAUCUUUUGGCGAAUCGGACGCCAUGCUGAAUAUGCUGCUCGGUCCUGAGGAGUCCUUAGAGAGGGCCGUACGUGGUGCCGUUACAGAAGACUUCUUUGCGGUGAUGGGUGACGAGUUGCGGGAGGAAGGUAUGAUGGACCUCAUGGUUGUGUUGUUUGAGAUAGUCUAUCCUGUAUUUGGCUAUCGUAGGAGUGUACCGUGGAGUGCGGCAGGUUGAGGUUAAGGCCAAAAAUACCAGUAAGUCUGUAAGUAAUCGUUGCAGGUGAUUUAGGCAGGAAGGCUGUUAAAACACGUUGUGGUAAGGUCUAGCUUCCUCAAAGUAGGAGGAAAAGAUGUCAACUUGUUUCUGUCACGUGCAC